AUGGCGUCGGGUCAGUCGUCUGGCCAUAUGAGCGCGUCCUACUAUCGCGAGCAGACUGACUUCUUUUCAAGCGUUCACCACACCAAUGUCGUGCAAUCCAAGGACGAAACCGAUGUCGCUUCGCAAGGCAGCGCACUGUCGCACCCAGUCGGCCCGCCACGGUAUUGUACCGUGAAGGGAUGCACGGUCAUUCUCUUGUCAGAUUACUUGCACAAGAUGUGCGAAGCCUGUCGGGGUCGCCAUCGCAUCUACGCCAUGACGAAACGCGCGAAACGCAAGAUGGAGAAGGCCGCCUUGGGCUCGCAGGGCGCACAGCCUGUCGUAUGGAUGCCUCCGGACGACGCGGACGACGGCGAAGAGGAUGGACGAGACGCUCCGCAAACAGCACACUCAGAGGAGGCUGAAAAGCGCACCGACGCUACCGAGCCCUACCGCUUUCCUCCCGAAUCUUGGGACCACACCGCCAUUGACCCGGCAUUGUUUUCGCAGGAGUCUGCGCUUGCUGGCGCGCUCACACUCCCUGGUUCAUCCGAUCCACCCAUGCGGGCCCCGACCAACGUUCGACAGCAAGGCUCUCCAUCCCUAUCGGAUGGGUCCCCAAGCUCUGCUCCCUUCUCACAUCAUCUGUCUCCGAUGAACCUUCAGACUGGCAUGCAGAUCCCCCUAGCGACGUUGAGUACCGCGAUAUUCGAUCAUCCAUCUGAUGGGCAGGAUGAGUCGACUCCUCCUCGACUCUGUUCAAUCAAAGGCUGCAAGGCCCUCGUGGCUGGCAGCUCAUUCUUCAAGAUGUGCGAGCCAUGCAGGGACCGCUACCGCAACUACGGGAUCACCAAACGCGCCAAAUGGAAGCACGAGAAGCGGAUAGCCGUCGCUGAACUGCAACAAGUGCGCGACGAUGAGGACCAACACAGAGCCCAGGUAGGGCUACCUCCGCUGCCGGAUCUGACCGAGUCUGAAUGGCACGAAUGGCAAGCUGACGGGACGACCCGCAUGCAGACGCCCCAGGGCGCAGAUAUCGAUGACGACGCGGGUCCGAGUGCGCCCCGCCCUGCCCGGAUGUGCACCGUCUCGCAUUGCCGCGAGAUACUACCCAGUGACUACCAGUAUCUCCGGUGCGAUCGGCACCGUCUGCAGAACAGGCAUCACAGCAAGCUCAAGCGCGUGCGUGAUAAGGAGGUCAAGGCCGCCGCCUUCAAUCACUGGAUGGUCUCCGUCGGUCACAACGAAAACGAAGCGUCGCCAGAGUCUGUGCUCGAUGGCGGGUCGGAACUAGACGAGGAGCCUGGCGCUUCGUAUGAUAAUGAGGGCACACCCGGGACUGGCUUCCCGCCUGCUGCGCGAGGAAUGCGACGGACGAACCAUGUUUGCUCUAUCAAAGCUUGUUUCAAUCUACUGGCGCCGACGAACCCAUGGCGGAUGUGUGAUGUCUGUCGGGCGAGGGACCGGGCGCAUCGCCGGGAAAAGGCUCUGAGAGAUAGCGGGGUGAUCACCACUCCGCCGCCGCGGGCGCCCCGGAAGUCGAAGGAUGCUGGGGAAUCUUCAGCUGAUGGAGCCGGUCAAGAGCCAGUUGGAGGCGAUGGGCAGACGACCGGCGGGACAGGCGGCGACCCACCGAAGAAGCCCAAGAAGAAGAAGAAAAAGAAGAAGGUGGCUGAACCAGUCGCUGUUCAGCCUGAAUCCGGUGGAACUGGUGCUGCAUCCGAGGUGGAGCAACAAGCAAGUGAUGUAAACUUGUCACCGGGCGAAUCGCAGGCCGCAGGAUUGGUGUUCAUGGCGCCGUUGCUGCCACCUAAGUCCCCACCUCCGUCAAUCGUCCAACAAGCUCCGCCAUCAGAGUCAUCCGCGGACCCUCUGCCGCUCGCCGAUGUGCUGCCUACAGAGGUCGUGCCUCCCGCUGCGAGCCCUCUUCCAGCGGCUGUUGCAUCCACGCGCCCUUUUCAGAUCGUCUCAGCUGAGGAGAUAGCUUCAAAAUCUGCUCAGGUUGAGAGCACCGCUGCGGCUCCCCGGAAGAAGCGGAAGGUCCAGAACAGUACAGCUAGCACGUCCAAUGCUCCUGUGCAAAUCAACGCUGAGGCAUCGACUAGUACCGCUGGCGUUCUGGCUUCUGCGCCUUCUGCCCCGGUGCUUCCACCGCCAAUUCAACCUGCACCUCCAGCCAUACAUGAAGUGCAUCCGCUCCCACCAUAUCCUAUCGAUGCACCUCCGCCUGCCGCUCCGUACCCUCCAUACUAUGUGCCCCCGUACGGCAUGCAACCAUACGGCGGUCAACCCCCGUACCCGUAUAGCCAUUAUGGUCCGCAUUACCAGUAUCCUCCGCCGCCCUAUGGAUAUCAGCCGCCGUACGCACCCUACUCACAGCCUUACGCAUAUCCGCCCCUGCCACCGUACGCCCAACCACCGUACGGACCUCCACCAUAUCCUACGAAUGCCUCGCCGCCACCCCCAGUGCAAGGAACGUAUUCCGUCUCCGCGGAUUUCGUCUCUCGCACAGACUAUGCAGCAGAGUCACAGAACGUACGGCAACAGGGCGCCACAUCGAAUGGGGGUCCGCCCGCACCGCACUAUGCGACGUUCUCCGCGAAGACCGGCGAGCCGCACAAUCGAGCAUCGUCUAUACCGUCGGCCUUGCGGCGCAAGCGUCCCCUGGAGGGCGAGGGCAUGUUCUUUGCAGGCAAGCAGCCGGCCCCGAGUACUAGCAGCUCGGUUGAUCAGCCAACUUCGCCGCCGGUGCGGAGUCCGGCGGUUCCACCUGCCGACGGUGAGGUUGCUGCUGACGUGUCGAACAAAUCGAGUGGUCUGCAUGAUAUCGAUGCAGCAGUCCAAGCGAUGUGUAGCAACCAGAAGUGUCACCGACCGCUAUCUGCCAACCACAAUGGCAGCCUUUGCAUACGGUGCAAGGAGCGUCUAAGGAAACGCUCUGAGAAGGCGAAGCAGCGCUUCAAGCUUGAGCCGCGCAAGCUUGCUGGCAAAGCCUCCGAUCGACGCAGUCUUGAGAAGGGUGGAGUCGGGCAUACGCUUGACGUUGAAGGUGGCAUGUUAGGUACGUGA